GGGUAUGACAGAGGCGGCCUGUGAGUGGCCAGAAGCUUAGACCGAAGUUAAUUACGGAACACCAAGCAAGCGUUCUGAGUGCAACCUGCUAUUGCGCCCUUUCUCCUCGUCCCGAUCUCCUCGUCCCAUCCCAAAAAACUUGUGACUUCGGAAGAAGGGCUCCGGAAGAGGGGCUAUGGCCACCUGUGUAGGGUUUGGUUUCGGACCGCAGCUGUCAGCACGGGUAACGUGUAGUGCGUCUGUGGCUGCAGGGGCCAGGAGCCGCAUCCUCCCCAACACGUUCAGCCCGUCACAAACAUGGCGCAGGAGCCGCCCCGUCACUAUGCAGAGCACGCUGUCUCCAGGGGAUGUGUGCAGCUUCACCAAUCCUGUCCUUCACGAGCGGGCUGGGAGAAGGGCGAUGACUGCGGUGGUCAGCGCCAAGGGGAACACGCCUACAGAAGGAGCAGCCGGUGGAAAAAGCGACCCUCAAGAGCCCUCUAGCGCUGACGCAGUCACCCUUCAGAGCAUCAAUGAGCUACUCAAGAGCAAUCUGGCCCCCAUUCAGAGAGAGAUGGCGAACCUGGUUGAGACCACGGGGGACCUCGUGGAGGUCGCAACGCGCCAGCAAAUAGCCAACAUGUUUGGUGAGCACUAUGUGAGACCGCUGCUAGCGCGGUCUCUGCAGGACCUGGCGCUUCUUCUUCCCGACGAAACGCUGUUUAAGGAUGCCGAGUCCGUGGAGGUCUUGAAGGCGCCCUUGGAGCGGGCCAAGCGCGUCAGCAAGGCCCUCGUUAAGUCAGGGGGUCGCACUCCGGCUUCUGCGCAGCUUCCAGGAUGCGGCCGGCCAAAUCGGCUGGAAACCGAGGAGGAGCAAGUAGAGGAGCUCCUCUCAUGUGAGAGCGCGGGGAUCAUGCUCCUGAUUGCAGCCGCUUUUCCCGAGAUUUACCUGACCUGUUCUCCAAGGAUCAUGCCUAGCGAGGUACUUGAGCUCGACUGCAGGGGCCGUAUGGAUGUCGACAAGGAAACCAACUUCGCAUACAUCGACACUGGUGAAGUGAAGAAGUCGGCGGACUAUGCGGCAGCAGUCGAGCAGCUGGGGCUGCGCCUGGGGGCCCUCAAGGAGUUCGUGUGCGCGGCGUGCGGCACCAAGGAGGAUGGAGUUCGACUUGUGGGCCGACUAUUCGUCUUCGAGAAGAGGAGCAAACAAUUCACUGACAUAAACCAAAGAUCAGACAAAGAUCAGAAGCAUCCACAAAGUGGAAGUACUCUUUGUACGUCCACAAGGUGGGACGUUAGAUCACCGGAAUGUUUGGAUUGUUCAGAAGGAAGUGGUAGACCUGUCAAUGGCGUGAUGGAAAACGACGGGAGAUGA